AUGGAUAUUCGUGUGCAGGACUACCUGGACGAUCGGUUGCAGUCGUUCGCUGAUUUGGAGAGUCUUGAUACCUUGCUGGACAAUGUCAAAAAUCAACAGCAAUUGCUGCAGCGACAGCUCGAUGAGGCCAGAGAGGACCACGGCCAAACAGAAUCGGAAAUCGCGAAGCAUGUUCAGACAGUACAAGCGAGGGCAGAAGUUUUUGAGCAGGAGCAGCACGAUAUAGACCGCCGGCUACUCAUCGUGACACAGUCCGAGACUAGCGAUGAAGCCGUACACACCUUCCAGGCGAGCAUGGAGAGAUUGAGGAAACUGGAUGUCGCCGCUGGGUACCUCGAACUGCUGCAGGAAGCCGAUAGACUGAGGAGUGAAUGUGUAGCACAACUUGGGAAGUCGGACGAGGCUGCGCUGGAGCCAUAUCGCAGGCUUCAACGGCUUGUUGCCAGUCUAGGGCCAUUGCAGGAGGCUGCAGAGGGCGCAGCGCCACAUCUGCUUAAUCACAUAGCCCAGCAAGUGGAGAGCCUGCGACAGACCAUACGUGAUUCGUUUGCGGCUGAUCUUGAAAGCACUCUGAAGAAGAUGGACUGGCCGAAGACCUUGUUAGAAACAGUACCGUUGGCUCUGGAGAAGGAGUGGCAGAACAAUAUUGGGAGGCUAUUGAGAUUACAGCAACCUGAAUUGGAGCAGCUCGAACAGUCGAAGGGAGAGAAGACGGCGAUGUACGACCCACCUGCAUUGCUGCCACUCCAGGUCAUGGUUCAGCCGCUAGAGCAGCGCUUCAGCUAUCACUUCUACACCGCCAAUAAAGACACUAACCGCCUCGAUAAGCCCGAAUACUUCCUACGACACGUCAUUGAAAGUAUUACGAAGUAUGAGGACUUCGUACAAAAUGCCAUACAGCCGCUUCUGCUGAAGCACUUCCGAAGCACAGACCUGGCGUUCACUCCUGCCUAUAUGGAUGGUACCUCAGCACUUAUCACUGCACUCUUACCAAUGCUACAACGCAAGCUCUCGAGCAUGAUCAAUCAGAUGGGCGAUCAGUCUCAACUGCUCAGUCAUCUUGUGCAUGAACUGAUAGCAUUCGACACGACGCUACUAGACGAGUUCUCAUACAAACCUCUGUCGCCCACCAUCCCCUGGCGAGGUCUUGCUUACUACGUGCUCGACACAUGUGGCUAUUUCCAGACUUGGCUAGACGCGGAGCGAGAUUUCGCUCUCACGCGGUAUGAGGCCAUUGUUCAGGCGCCUGAAGCUGGUGAGCUGGACUACGACUCUGUUGCAAGCAACGACACCAAACCCACAAAGAUGGCUAUCAACGUCAAUGAUCUUCUCGAGACUGUGACCGAUCGAUACAAGCCACUAUCGAGCUUCAGCCAGAAGCUGCGAUUCUUGAUCGAUGUGCAGAUUGCCAUCUUCGACAUGUUUCAUCAGCGAUUAAACGCCAGUCUUGAGGCCUACAUCGCCAUGACAUCUUCUGUCGGACGUACAAUGCAUGGCAUGUCGCGCGACGAGCAAGCUGACCUACAAGGAGUAAAGGGUCUGGAUAGGUUGUGUCGUGUCUUUGGCUCAGCAGAGUAUCUCGAGCGUGCUAUGCGAGACUGGAGCGAUGAUGUCUUCUUCCUCGAGUUAUACGACCAGCUGCAAGAUCGUGCGAAGAACCGCGAUGAGAUUAGCAGUAAGCUUGGUGGUCUAGAGGAGAUCCAGCAAAAGACAAGUUUGGCCGUUGGGGAAGAUGACAGUGACGGCGAGGGGCAAGGCGCACUUUUCGACGAGACGGCUGCUGCCUACCAUCGUCUUCGUGUCCGCAGCGAGAACAUUAUCGUGGACACGCUUGCGUACAAUAUCCGAGAAGCACUGAAAUCAUACGGACGGCUUGCUUCCUGGGCUUCGCUGUCAUCUGGUGUAGCAGGAGGCUCAGUCUCAGCCGAGCUAGACCCACUGCUACGUCUACUGACCGAGUAUCUUGGCUUCCUGAGCAGAGCAGUUGGCAAAGUCGCCUUGCGACGCAUGACUCGACAAGUCUGUCAUACAAUCCAAUCAUAUAUUUGGGAUAAUGUCCUAGUCCGCCACUCUUUCUCCACAGCAGGCGCCGCCCAAAUUUCGACAGACGUCCAAGCUAUCGGCGCCGAUAUCGACCGCUAUGUCGGCUCUGGACAAGCGGAAUCCGGGAUGCGACGGCUGCUGGAAGGCGUGGCAUUGCUCGGUCUACCUGUGAAGGGAGAGAUCCAGCGUGUACAGCCCAGUAGGUCUGGGGAGGAGGAUGAUGAGGGGUCGGCCUGGGAUAAUGCGAACGGAGAUGCGGCUGGGCAGGUCGAAAAGCAGAUGGGUUUGUUUGAAGUGGAGAGGUUUAUGUUCAUGAAUAACGAGAGUGCGAGACAUGCUCUUGAGCGCUUGGGGCUUGAGGUGCUUAGUGAGACUGAUGCAAGGACGAUAUUGGGGAAGAGGGUUGAGUUGAGUAGCUAG